AUGACCUCCUCAUCCGCACUCACCGAAUCCGAACUCGCCCAAGCCAUCCGCCACGCCGAAGACGUAAAACGCCUCCUCCCCGCCAUCCUCACCCCAGAAACCAUCCCCAACAUCGGGUGGAUGCUCGAAGAAAGCGUCCUACGCGGCUACACAGAAACAUAUCACAUCCUGGCCCCCGAAGUCUUCAGCCGGGCGUCCCAAUUCCACGACCCCAUCCGCCACGCCGCCGCCUCCGCCAUAAUCCAAGACCGGCACGAUCUCAUCGACGACCUGUUCGCUCGGAUCUCGGCCCUGCCCAACCCCGGCCAUUAUGAGGACUGGCUGUACACUGUUGACGAUCAUGGCAUGAUUGCCGAUACUGAGGUUAGACGGUGCGAUAUUAUCGGCUCGGCGCUCUGUGCGGCGGUUCAUCAUGGGUGUUUAUUCGCUGUUCGCAGGGUUCUGGGUAUAGAUGAGCUGCCGAUUUAUAUGGUUGGGACGGCGCUGGAGGCUGCGACGAAACUGCACGAUGCGGAUAUGGCGGCUGUCCUUGUUCGGGAGCUGAUGCGUGAGAAGGGACAGGUGACGCGGUUUGUAAUGCAGCGGUCUGGAUUCGAGACGUUUGAUAUGCGGGUUGGGCUUGAGCUGCGGCUUCAGCGCGCGACGCAUAUAUUGGACUGUUUGAAGAUUUCGGAGGAGGAGAUGUUUGUGGAUGUUUUGGCGGUGCUGCUGCCGCAUUAUCUGGAGUGUGUGGCGGGGCAUCCGACUUGUGACUUGUUGCAGCAGUCGGGGUUUGUUUAUAUGUUUACUCCUGAGAUUUAUAGGCAUAUUUCGAGGGCUUUGUGUAAGAAGUGGCUGAAUCGGGAUAUUCCGGUGAGGUUUCGGAGUUUCUUGUAUACACUGUUAGAGGAUGAGUCUAGGGUGUAG